AUCUUACCCAAUUCCCAAUUACACCCACACAUCUUCAACAUGAGAUGCUGGGGUUGGUGGCUUCCGCCGCCAUAGGCCUACCCCACACACACACACACACACAAACAAGAAGCAUAAUCCAUUCUUUCGAUCAAAAGAGACAGCAAAAGUAGGAAGAGGAAAUGGAGAGAACACCAGCACCGCCCCUUCAUUCUCCUCACAAGAUGGGAAAUUUCCACCUCUCUCACAGGAUGGUGUUAGCGCCGUUGUCAAGAAUGAGAUCUUACGACUCUGUUGCUCAGCCACAUGCCAUUCUCUAUUACUCCCAGAGAUCAUCAGCGGGUGGACUACUGAUUGGGGAAGCUUCUGUAAUUUCCGACACUGCCCAAGGAGGCCCAAAUAGCCCUGGCAUUUGGACAAGAGAGCAAGUGGAAGCAUGGAGGCCAAUUGUGAAUGCUGUUCACGAGAAGGGGGGAAUUUUCUUUUGCCAGCUUUGGCAUGCAGGGAGAGUUUCCAACUACGCGUAUCAACCAAAUGGUCAGCCUCCAGUCUCCUGCACUGACAAGCGAAUCACAGUUCAACACCACAUUGAUGGGUCUGGUGGAGCAGAUUUCUCCCCUCCUCGACGGCUCUCUCCCCACGAAAUCUCUCUCGUCGUUAAUGACUUCAGAGUCGCAGCGAAAAAUGCCAUGGAAGCAGGCUUCGACGGAGUAGAGAUCCACGGGGCGAACGGCUACCUCCUCGAUCAAUUCAUGAAAGACAAAGUCAACGACAGAACAGACGAGUACGGUGGCAGCCAGGAGAACCGGUGCCGAUUCCCUCUCGAAGUGAUUAAAGCCGUCGCUGACGAGAUCGGCGCUGAUAAGGUCGGAAUCAGACUCUCUCCUUUCGCCGAUUACAACGAUUGCGUCGACUCGGACCCCGAGUCUCUCGCGCUCCACAUGGCCGAGUCGCUGAACCAGCUCGGAAUCCUUUACUGUCACGCGAUCGAGCCACGAAUGGCAACGCAGUUCGAGGAGAGCGAAACGAGGUUUAGUCUGCUGCCGAUGAGAAAGGCUUUCAAAGGGACGUUCAUCGUCGCCGGCGGAUACGACAGGAAGCGCGGGGGCGAAGCGGUCGCGAGCGGUGGCGCCGAUCUGGUUGCGUUUGGACGCUUGUUUUUGGCUAACCCGGACCUGCCCAGGAGAUUCGGUGUUGGGGCUGUCCUGAAUAAGUAUGACAGAAGCACGUUUUACUCCUCCGACCCGGUCCUUGGGUACACGGACUACCCAUUUCUUGAACCCGACAUUUAGGACACAUCUAAUUUUAGAAAAAAAUAUAUUUAUUUCUAAAAGAAAUAUACAAUUUCUUCUUAUUUUUGAAAAUUUCACAACUUGUUUGGAAUAUUUUUAUGUAUUUAAUAUUAAUAUGCAAAUAUUUCAUAAUUAAUUCAUAAUUAUUUAUAA